AUGCAGCUGCUGCAGCAGCAGCAGCGCGCUACUGCGGAGCGGCAGCAGCAGGAGGCGCUGCAGCAGGCGAAGCUGCAGCGGCUGCUGGGGAUGCAGGGGCAGCAGGCGCGGCAGCAGCAGCUGUCCCCACAGCAGCAGCAGCACGCCACACUGAUGGGUUUCUCUAGCAUGCCAGGCCCAGUGCAGCUGCAACACCUGUCACUGCAGCAGGACCAACCUGACAUGCUGACGCAGCAGUGGCAGGCACAGCAGCAGCAGCAGCAGCAGCAGCAGCAGCAGCAGCAGCAGCAGCAGCAGCUCACCGCGCGCGGGCAGCUGCAGCUAGCGCAGGCAGCGCAGGAGCGGCGGCGGCAGGCCAAGCUGCAGCAGCUGCAGCAGGCGGUGCUCCAGCAACAGCAGCAACAGCAGCAACAGCAGCAACAGCAGCAGCACGGGCUGCCCCCGGAGCAGCAGCAGGUGCGGUUCGGAGGCCCCGCUGCCAACGGCGGCGCGCCCGUCAUGUCGCAGACGCUCUGGGCAAACCUGACACCCCAGCAGCAGCAGCAGCUCCUAAUCCUGCGCCAGCAGCAGCAGCAGCAGCCGCAGCACGCGGCUGCGAUACUGCCCUUGUCAUCUGGCCUUGUGCUCCCAGCCGGCGCGCAUGGCCCCAGCCAGGCGCUGCAGGUGCAGCUUCUUGGCCAGCAGCUGCCGCCGGGCCCCCGCAUGCACCUGGUGCAGCCCUCCGCGUCGCCCAUUGACUUGGCCGCCGGCAUUGCGUCGCCGUCGGCGGCCGCCGGGCUCGCCGGCAUGCUCGGCCCGCUGACCAGCCCGGCCGCGGGCCGCGCGGCCCCCUCGCUGCUGGCGGGCGCGUGGUCCGCGCCCGCGCCCGACGGGGCGGCGGCGCUCGCGCCGGGCGCGGCUCACGGGCCGUCCUUCGAUUGGGCGGCGCUCGCGGCAGGCCUGGGCGGCGGCCGCGCGUCUGCCGACGGAGGGCUGGCCCCAUUCUCGUCGGACCCCACGCCCGCGGCGGGGCUGGGCGGCGGCAGCGGCAUCGGGCGCAGCGUUUCGGAGCAGAAGCGGAUGGCUGAAGAGUUGGAUGAGCUGCUGUGUAUGGCCAACGCGCAGCUCGGCUGGUCCGGCAUCCCCCAGACCGCCGCAGACCCCGCGCCGCCGCCCGCCGCGGCGCUCGCGUCCCCCGCCGGCGCCGCCGGCGCCGCCGGCGCCGCCGGCGCUGCCGCGACCUCCAUGCUGGACCCCAACGCUGCAGUCUUCCAGCUGUCGCCGAAGACCGCCGCGCCGCCGCCGCCCCCGCCGGCCGCGGGCGCGGGUGGCAGGCCGCUGCUGCGUAGCAGCACCAACCUGCUGCGCGGCCUGCAGGAUCUCGACCUUCCGGACGGCUUUGUCGGCGGCGACGGGGACGGCCUGUAG